AUGACAAUUGAGGAGGAGGAGGAGUCAGAGGCAGAGCCCGAGCAGGAGAUGGAUACAUAUAUGGAUCCCCACGAGGACGAGUACGAUCCAGGACUACGUUUUCAGCAGAAGUAUCAGUUCCCGGUGCCUGAUUUGCCAUCCGAUGAUGAUGACGAGGACGGUUUGACUCCGCCUCCGCCUCCGGCUUAUACAAUGGCGGGUACUUCCGGUGGUUCUACUCCUGCCCCAAACCCGAGGUCCCGGCCCGGUCCGAAAAAAACUCUUCCUACUCGACCGUGGAAGUUGAUUGGUGAGACACCCGGUGGACCAAAAUACCCUCAUUUGAUUCCGAGUUUUGGAGCCCAUAUUGCCUACGACAUCUGGGAGGGAAAGGGCCGACAUAUGCUGAAGUUGCGGUCUCAUGCGAAGUCUACUUGGUCGGGCCCUGACGACUAUUAUAGUGUUUCAUUAUUGGAGAGUACCGGGUUGUAUCACUUGCGUUAUUGUUCGCUCCCUCAGCACAAUAACCCAUUGAUAGAGGCUUUUAUCGAGAGGUGGCAGCCACACACCAACAGCUUUCACAUGCCGUUUGGAGAGAUGACAAUUACUCUCCACGAUGUGCACUAUAUCAUGCAUUUGCGAGUUAGUGGAAAGCGCUCUAACGUUUGGAUUGAUAAGGCAGAUGCGAUUUAUGCGGGUGCGAGAGCGUUCGGUGUCGAGCCCCCAGUUAUGGAGAAGUGGUAUGGAGACGGAUCCCGGUUAGAUGAUUUGGAUAGGAUGUAUGGCGACGAUUCUUCAUUUGCUUCCGAGUUUCGGGUACGAGCAUAUAUUGCGUACUUGCUUGGAAAGCUAUUGUUUGUCGAUAAGAGUGGAUCGAAGGUGAAAGCAGAUUUUUUCCCACUUUUAGAGCAUAUCGAUAUGAUUUCCGACUAUUCAUGGGGUUCGGCUACAUUGGCCUAUUUGUAUCGACAAUUGGGCAUGGCUACGCGAGCUGAGGCGGCGCAGAUGGGUGGUUGUCUGACACUGUUAGAGUGUUGGAUAUAUGAGUAUUUUCCGUGUUUCCGGCCUCCGAUGGUUAACGCACAUGUGAAUGGAGAGCCAUGGUGUAAGAGGUGGCAGGUGAUACAUCAUAUCCCUAAAGACGAGGAUAUACUUGUUGAUUAUCGUCGACGUCUUGAUUCUAUGCGUGCGUCAGAUGUGAAUUGGACGCCAUUUGGAGUGAAUGUGUCAUGUGAAGUUGAAAAGACAGUUCAUCACGGGACUAUUCGAUGGAUGGAUACGGUCGAGCCUUACAUGCCCGAUAGAGUUUUGCGUCAGUUCGGAUUUCGGCAGAUUAAACCGUCGGACCCUAUUCGUCCGCUAAAAGGUGCUAAGAGGGAGAGAAAAUUAGCAUCUUACAAAAUUAGCUACGAGCCUGGCGAUCAGAUGUGGAAUAUCCCUCACACGCACAUGCUUAAUGAAGAUUAUUAUGGUCAUUUGGCGCGUCCGGCUUGGGAGUCGACACCGGAGUAUUUGCCGUGGUACCUCGACCACACCCACGUCCGAUUUCGACAGAUUCCCGAUGACUUUUUCAGGACGAUCCAGGAUAUGUGCGCCCCAUUCGCCGAGUAUCUACAGUUGGAUCGUCCUAAUGCUUCUGACGAACAAGAAGCAGGAUACUCACAUAUGCGACAUUCUCAGCGCAGGCGUCGGACGAGAGAUACGUAG